AUGUUCCAAGCUUGCGUUUACCAAGAACCCUCCUCUAUGUACAUCACGGCAAUGUCUGUGAUGAUCCUUUUAACAACAGCAUGUUUGGCUCUGUUGGAAUUCAUAGGCAAACACCUUCAGUACUCCAAAUUUUGGAACGUCGGUUCCAAGAAAUCCCACCAGAUCUUGCUUUCUAGUAAAACUGGGAUGCUGUUACUCUACACCCCGGCAUUUCUUGCUGGUCUUGCUUCGUUUUGGAUUUUCCCAGAUGGUGGAACUAGGUUUAUGAUGGUCCAAUUUGCUGUUACUUUCCAUUUUCUCAAAAGGGAUCUUGAGGUUCUGUUUCUUCACAAAUUCAGUGGCUUUAUGGUGUUGGAUUCUGCUAUUAUUAUUUCUGUCUCCUACUUCACGGCUGCUGCAAGCAUGAUCUAUCUCCAAUACUUAACUCUAGGCUUUCAAGAGCCAUUGGUUGAUCUGAAAUAUCUAGGUCUUCUGUUGUUUCUGCUUGGAAUUUGUGGUAACUUUUAUCAUCACUGUCUUCUUUCCAAGCUUAGGGAGAAGAACGAAAAGGGCUACAAAAUUCCGAGAGGUGGUCUUUUCAGCAUUGUCAUAUGCCCUCACUAUCUUUUUGAAACUAUUAUUUUUCUAGGAAUUUCCUUAAUCUCCCAAACACCAUUUUCAUAUUCAACUGCUCUUGGCGUGGCUUUAUAUUUAGCUGCAAGGAGUUAUGCCACCAGAAAAUGGUAUCUUUCCAAGUUUGAAAAUUUUCCCAAGAAUGUGAAGUCUUUGGUUCCAUAUGUUUUCUAG